AUGGAAAUCACUGAUAACCAGGAUAACAAUUUCUCACCAGACCACUUAAUCCCAGCUACUUCUAUCUCAUCCUCGUCAAAAACUGAAACUCCAGAAAUUGGGCCUUCUGCAAAUUUCAAUGAUGCCAACCAAGUUUCUGGGCAGCAGAUGGAUUUGCAUAUCCCAGUGGAAGAUGAUCAGUCCACACUACAGAAAGGGAAGAUGCUCACCAUAACAGGGCCAGCCAAAACCUGGAAAAGAAUUGGGGUCAGGACAGGUAGACUACAAAGGGAGCCAGUCACACAUACACCUAUUCUUAUUGACAACAUUUCUG